GGUCAGACGCCCCGCGGUUCGUCUAACAGUCGGCGACGGGAAUGUCCGGGCUUCGCCGUGAAGGAGAGAGCCUCUGCUUCAGCGGUUAGCGCGCGUGUGGGGUAAUGAGGUGAACCGCUGCUGAGAGUCUGUCAGAAAGAGAGCAGAAGAGCUCGAAAGCAGGAGCGACGCGUCCGUCCGUUUUGUCCUACAGCCGCCGCGCAGGCCCGCCUCCCUCACCGGCAGCGCGGCGUUAGCUCGUCAGCUACAUGCUUCUGCUUUUUUAGCCGGUGUACGCUGUGAGGAUGAGGAAGGACGUGCGGAUAUUACUCGUCGGAGAGCCUAAAGUGGGGAAGACGUCACUGAUCAUGUCCCUUGUCAGUGAAGAAUUCCCUGAUGAGGUCCCUCUCCGCGCUGAGGAAAUCACUAUUCCUGCUGAUGUCACCCCUGAGAGAGUGCCUACACACAUAGUGGACUACUCAGAAGCAGAGCAGUCGGAUGAACAGCUGUAUCAAGAAAUAUCUAAGGCAAAUGUUAUAUGUAUCGUGUACUCCGUAAACAACAAAAAAUCCAUUGAGAAGGUGACGAGCCACUGGAUUCCCCUCAUAAAUGACAGAACAGACAAGGACAGCAGAGUGCCGCUGAUUCUGGUGGGCAAUAAGUCAGAUCUGGUGGAGCACAGCAGCAUGGAGACUAUUCUGCCCAUCAUGAACCAGUACUCAGAAAUUGAGACUUGUGUUGAGUGUUCAGCGAAAAACUUGAAGAAUAUCUCCGAGUUGUUUUACUAUGCCCAGAAAGCCGUUCUGCAUCCUACAGGACCCCUGUAUUGCCCAGAGGAAAAGGAGAUGAAGUCUUCUUGCGUCAAAGCACUUACUCGCAUCUUCAAAAUAUCAGACUUGGACAACGAUGGCAUUUUGAAUGACAAUGAGCUCAAUUUCUUCCAAAGGACCUGCUUUAACAUGCCCUUGGCUCCCCAAGCUCUGGAGGAUGUGAAAAAUGUUGUGCGGCGAAACAUGACGGAUGGCGUGAAGGACAAUGGCCUCACACUUAAAGGUUUCUUGUUCCUACACACUCUGUUCAUCCAAAGAGGAAGGCAUGAGACCACAUGGACUGUUCUUCGCAGAUUUGGAUAUGAUGAUGACCUGGAGCUGACCCAGGAAUACCUGUUUCCACUGUUAAAAAUACCUCCAGACUGCACCACAGAGCUGAACCAUAAUGCUUACCUCUUCCUGCAAAGUGUCUUUGACAAGCAUGACAAGGACCGAGACUGUGCAUUGUCUCCUGAUGAGCUGAAGGACCUUUUUAAAGUCUUCCCCUACAUGCCCUGGGGCCCUGAUGUCAACAAUACAGUGUGCACAAAUGAGCAAGGCUGGAUCACCUACCAGGGCUACCUGUCCCAAUGGACGUUAACAACAUACCUGGAUGUGCAGCGCUGCUUGGAGUACCUGGGUUACCUUGGUUACUCUAUCAUUCAUGAGCAGGAAUCACAGGCUGCUGCCAUCACAGUCACCAGGAACAAGCGCAUUGACCUGCAGAAGAAGCAGACCCAGCGUAAUGUGUUCCGCUGCAACAUUCUGGGAGCACGAGGCAGUGGCAAAAGUGGUUUCCUGCAGGCCUUCUUGGGAAGGAACCUUGCUCGACAGCGGAGAAUUAGGGAAGAGCACAAAUCUUACUAUGCUAUCAGCACUGCGUAUGUCUAUGGGCAGGAGAAGUACCUACUUCUGCAUGAGGUUCUCCCGGACUUUGAUUUCCUCUCAGAAGCUGAUCUGGCCUGUGACGUUGUCUGUCUGGUUUACGACAUCAGUAACCCUCGCUCUUUUGAGUACUGCGCAAAGGCCUAUAAGAAGUACUUUAUGGACAGCAAGACACCGUGUAUGAUUAUCGCCACCAAGUCAGACCUGCACGAGGUCCGGCAGCACUACAGCCUGUCUCCACUGGAUUUUUGCAGGAAACACAAGCUGCACCCACCGCAGCCGUUCACCUGCAACACAGCCGAUGCACCCAACAAAGACAUCUACACCAAACUCACCACCAUGGCCAUGUAUCCCCACGCCAAGCUCUGCUGCAUGUGUGCCUGUAACAGGUGCACCUUUUGCAUCUGUCAGAACCUGCUGAACUGUGAGCUUCUGCGCUCUGUCAGGACCAAACUCUACGGUGCUGUUCUGAACAGGUUGGGGCCCUGGGUGGAUGAAAUGGGCGCAUAUCUUUUGGCUGAUGAGGAGACCAGCCUCAUCCAUCAGGUGCACGCAGUCACCUUUGUAGAGGACUCAAUCUACAUGGAGUCAUCUGUCGACCCAUUUGUGCCCAGGCACAUGACUCAGACAGAUCUGAAGAACUCUACGUUUUGGCUGAGAGCCAGUGUGGGAGCCACUGUGUUUGCAGUGUUGGGCUUCGCCAUGUACAAAGCUCUGCUCAAGCAGCGAUGAUGAGCCUUCUGCACCCCUGGGAAUUAUGAAUCCCACCUCCUCUUCUUCUAUCCCCAUCGUUCCCUUUUGAGAGGAAAUAUAUCUUGCAUAAUGGUAGAUAGCUACAUUUUAUAUAUAUUUGAAACUAAAUGCAUCCCUUUUCUCCAGCCAUGUUUCUCCUCCCUGGAGUUUGGUUUGAACCUGUGCUCUUACCAUAUUGUGUAUUUGGAGUAGUUAGAGGCUACAGGUGGCUGAGGGCCACAGAUGGACUAUAGCUGCUGGUGGUUUUUAAAUGACAUACACAUGUAUAUUUUUCUCAGGUCAGUAUUAGACGGCAUGAUUCAUAUUACACAGUUGAGGCAGAGGUGAGGGGUUGAAGGAGUAUGGAUACACUUUAACUUUGUUUAUAAAUGUAAAUAUUACUGGGGGAUUCCCUACAGUUGCAGUGAACAAAAGCCAAUACAGAACUCAUCACACCUGUUUAUGGGAGGAGCACUGAAACAAAGCCAUUUCUCACUUGUGAAGGUCAUUAUACUCUUGAACACGGUUCAUCUGUAUUAAUUUAUUAACCUUAUGUUUGUCAGUCAUGUUUGGUGUUGCAUGAAGCAGCCACACUACAAGGGAUUUUUAAAAUGAAAACGUUUGUUUUUAUAUUUAUGAUUUAUAAGUUGUUUGUUUGCCCAUUGUCCCCACUGACUCACUUUGCAGUGAAAGCUGGCUGCCAGCUUGCCUCCAUGUUGGCAAAAUAACAAGGACACAGUGAGUAUCAGAAAGAUUCCAAGCAUGAGUUCUGCACUCAGGUCAAUGGGACAUGGUCUCGGUGACGAUGACCACUGAGCAGUUUGGGUUCAGCUAUUGUUGCUUGCUCUUUUGCUUUGCCUCAUCAAGAUUCGUCUUAUUUUCUGGUGCAAAUCUCCCAGUUCAGAACCAUGAAACUUGUACUGAUUUCUGAUCUUUCAAACAUUUACAAUAAAUUACUGUGUGAUCUUA